UAGUUGGAAUGAAAAAAUGUAUUUCCUUUGGUCUCUGCAUACUUAAAAUAUCUCUGUAUACGCAAAAUGACCGUUUGAAACGUCAGAAGUUAUUAAAAUGUCCAAACAAUGCCUGGAAAAAGUGGCACUUAUCACAGGAUCGCGGGAAGGUAUUGGAUACCAAACUGCGCUUCAACUUGCUUCUAAAAUGUGGACAAUUCUAAUCGCCGAUAAGUAUGAAUUAGAAGAUACCAAACAUGAAAUAAUUACAAGAACAGCAAAUUGUAAAAUAUUCACCUAUUAUCUAGAUCUCGGCUGCUUUUCAUCGGUCAGAACGUUUGCAAAUUCCAUCAAAAAAGAGCAUAAAAAAAUUGAUGUGCUGAUCAAUAACGCUGGAAUAUUCAAAGCUCUAGAAGAGACAACCGUAGAUAACUUGAAUCCUAUAUGGCAAAUCAACCAUCUUGGACCAUUUUUACUAACUGUUUUACUAGCAGAUUUAUUGAAAAGGGCAGCACCUAGCAGGGUUAUAUUUAUGGCCUCAUCAGGAGCGUUCUUUCACACUUUAGAUCGGAAUACAAUUCCGGAUUUAAGAAGUAGGGAUGCUUCAAAUAUACUGGAACCAGCACGCACUUAUUACAACUCGAAGCUUUACAACAUGAUAGUAUGCAAAGAGUUGUCUCAGAAAAUGGGCAAACACAACGUAACAUCCAACUGUUUGCAUCCUGGCAUGACAAACAGUGGAUUGUUGUUAAAUGGAUUCAAUUUGCAGUGUUUUAGACCAAUAGCUCAUAAAUUGGUUUCGUUGUUUACACAGGAUACUGAAAAGUCCGCCCAAAUGGUAUCAUUUCUAGCUACGUCACAGGUAGUAGCCCAAAUAACAGGGCAAUAUUUUGUCAACUACCAAGCAAGUCCGUAUCCAAAAAUUCUGGAGGAUGAACAAUUUUGCAAGCGUGUAUGGAAGCAAGCAGAGGAGCUAGUAAAUCUUACAACAGAGGAAAAUUUGUGGGAGGAUUGUUGAAAAAUUCAAAGCCCAUUUUAUUGGAAUAUAAUUAUAUUUUCGAACUA